UUCACCGAAAUAGCCAAAAUUUGUCCCUCCAAAAUGUCUAUAGUCUUGGAUUUUGUCCAGCGACUUGUGCUGCAAAAAGCCUAUGAACUGACCCAGUGCGCAGCAUACCGGGUGUUGGGAAAAUGCAUCAAGCUUGAAGAAUGCCCAAUCAAAAGCCAACUCGCAGAGCCACUUGUGGAAGACAGUGUGCCAGAGCUUCCUACCGGCCCCAAGAUGUCCGAUCCUCCUGCGUUGGCCAUGAUGUCAGAGGCACCGGCGAAGCUCAUCAUGCCAGAACCUCCUGCCAAUCCCAUAAUUCUAGAUAUAAAAAAACAACUACCAGAGCCUCCUGCGAAGCUUAUGAUGGCAAAAUCUCCUGUGAAGCCCAUGAUGCCAGAUAUAGCAGAGCCGUCUCCAAGGCUAAGGAAGUCAGGGAUUAUCUGGCAGUUAUAUGAUAAUCGCGACCUUCCGCGGAACAACAGCGGCCUCAUCGAUCCGCCCCAGGUUUCCUGCAUGCGAGUGUGCCGGGACAGCUACUUCUCCUAAUCCUAACACGUCAAGCAAGUGAACUCCAAGUCAUAGAUUAAAAACAGUUUAAACUUUAAUAGAAUGGAGAUAUAGCAAAGGACGAUCCACCACACUCGGGAUCUGGUAACGAAUCUAGCGACAUUCUGAAUUCUCGCGUAUAAUUAUCAAAUGUAACACUAAUAACAGUUUUGGUAGCAACUAACA